AUGACAGACUGUCAGGGAGACGGGGCAGGGGAUAUGACCCCAAUGGACCUAUAUGAGAAACUAACAUCACAAGGAGAGACAGUCCGAACUCUGAAAACGGAAAAGGCUGCAAAAGUGAGCUUUAAUAUAAUAAUAAGUUACUGUCCAAGUUAUGCAAUACAGUCAUAAUAAAAAUGUGUCAUAUCUUCUUCAUAUAGUGAAUUCAUCCGUGGCCAUGAAAAUGGGAUACCAUUAUGUCAGUGUAAUACCUGUAUCUUGUAUUCUGUUUUGGAUUAUAGGCUGAUAUUGAUGCUGCUGUACAGUUGCUGCUGAAGCUCAAAGUUGACUACAAGCAGGUAACGGGUCAGGACUAUAAGACUGGAUGUCCACCCUCAGAAAGCGCCAUUUCACAAGACAAUGGGCCAGCAGCAGCUGCUGAUGGGGACGACAUGGUUGACCCCUGGAAUGUGUCCACCUCCAGCGCCAAAGGAGUGGACUAUGACAAGCUGAUAGGUCAGAGGGAAAAUCAUAAUGUUAGAUCUCUGGGGGCAGAAUCCCAGGGCUCUACAGUGGGACCAUUUUUAUUUGCAUAUACGCCUAAAUAUUUAGCUGUGCGACCUGGAAUUUAAAUUUAGUAGCACCAGUGUGCCUAGAAAAAAAUCACCCUGAUGAUAAUUGUUGCGAUGAUUUCUUCACUGUACCACAGCCCCUGAGUACCAUGUAGAAUACACUGAGCGCAGAUGCAGGACAGGAAUGCUUGCGCCAUUACUACAAAGAAAACUGCUUUUUGCCUCAAAUAUAUUUCAUAGUGCUCCUACAUUUUUCAAUUUAGGCAGUGUAGAGCCCUGAAUCCUGACUUGCACGCCGCACACUUCACUCGACAAUCGCACAGAACUUGACAAACUUUAUUUUGAAAUCAGUCAGUCGGAACAAAAAACAUUUCCAGCAGGCACUGUUGAUGGUUUGACCAGACUUGCAUUGUCAUUUAUGCAUUUCACUUUAUGACCUUCUCAUUUGAUGAGACUGGCUUUUCUCUAACGUUUUGACAUGUAAAUAUUAUAACUUCUUUUAUUACGGUAAUAAAUAAAUGCAUAGUGGAACUAUAUAGAUCAAGUACUUGUUUCUCAGGGGAUACAUUUCCCCGGAACACUUCCCCCAACACGCAAGCUGAUGCAAAUUGAAUGAGUAGAUUGGCAGCUAUGCCAUGAAAUCUGAACAGUACGUGUAUGUGAAUUAUUUGUAAACAUUUUGAAUAUUUCCUUUGUUGUACCAGUGUUUAUUUGAUAAACAUGUCCUUUCAACCAAAAGCCACUGUCAUGGCGUAGUAUAGUAGCUCAGGAACAGAGGCAACGCUAUGGGAAACAUACAGUGCGUUCGGAAAGUAUUCAGACCCCUUCCCUUUUUCCACAUUUUGUUACGUUACAGCCUUGUUCUAAAAUGAAUGUAGUUAUUUUUUCCCCUCAUCAGUCUACACACAGUACCCCAUGAUGACAAAGCGAAAAUAGGUUUUAGAAAUGUUUGCAAUUUUAAAAAAAAUCAGACCCUUUGCUAUGCGACUCGAAAUUGAGAUCAGGGUGCAUCCUGUUUCCAUUGAUCAUCCUUGAGAUGUUGACUCUUCCUAGAGCUGGCCGCACGACCAAACUGAGCAAUCAGGGGAGAAGGGCGUUGGUCAGGGAGGUGACCAAGAUCCUGAUGGUCACUGACAGAGCUCCAGAGUUCUUCUGUGUAGAUGGGAGAACCUUCCAGAAGGACAACCAUCUCUGCAGCACUCCACCAAUCAGGCCUUUAUGGUAGAGUGGUCAGACGGAAGCCACUCCUCAGUAAAAGGCACAUGACAGCCCUACGGUGAAGCAUGGUGGUGGCAGCAUCAUGCUGUGGAGAUGUUUUUCAGCGGCAGGGACUGGGAGACUAGUCCGGAUCGAGGCAAAGAUGAACGGAGCACAGUACAGAGAGAUCCUUGAUGAAAACCUGCUCCAGAGCGCUCUAGACCUCAGACUGGGGGCAAAGGUUCAUCUUCCAACAGGACAACGAUCCUAAGCACACAGCCAAGACAACGCAGGUGUGGCCUCAGGUAAAGUCUCAAUGUCCUUGAGUGGCCCAGCCAGAGCCCGGACUUUAACCCAAUCGAACAUCUCUGGAGAGACCUGAAAAUAGCUGUGCAGCGACGCUCCCCAUCCAACCUGACAGAACUUGAGAGGAUCUGCAGAGAAGAAUGGGAGAAACUUCCCAAAUACAGGUGUGCCAAGCUUGUAGCGUCAUACCCAAGAAGACUUGAGGCUGUAAUCGCUGGCCAAAAAAUACCUGUUUUUGCUUUGUCAUUAUGGGGUAUUGUGUGUAGAUUGAGUGGUGGAAAAAACAAUUGAAUCCAUUUUAGAAUAAGGCUGUAACAUAACAAAAUGUGGAAAAAGUCAAGGGGUCUGAAUACUUUCCGAAUGCACUGUAUUGGAUAACCACCAAGGCUAGUUAGCCACUGUCAUUGCAUUGAUGUCCAUGGGAGAAUUUGGGCCUUUGCGAAAAUAAGUCUGUGAGAUCUCGCACGUUUCUGUACACUUGCUCCAAACAAAUGGAUGUUAUCUAAUGUCAAGCUAUUACAUUUUUUAUAUGCAUAGUCAGAGCAUAAUUAAUGGUAUUGUGAACUGCUGUAAAAUGAUUUUUUUUUCUUUUUUCCAGUGAGGUUUGGCAGUAGCAAGAUUGACCAGGAGCUGGUGGACAGAAUAGAGAGCGUCUCGGGACAGAAAGCACACCGAUUUUUACGUCGAGGAAUCUUCUUCUCUCACAGGUCAGUGGUGCACUAGUCAACACAGUCACCAUAUGGGUCACUUCUCUAGGAUGACCGCUGUGCAUGUCAUCACUGAGUUCCUCAUUCCUAUUCAUGUAUUUGAAUGUACUCUAGAGGGCGGCGUGUCCGACUGUCUGGGAUUGAGCAUGAGCAAUUGAUACGAAAUUGUAUUAAGAAUCUAGUCUUAAUCUGCUCUCAUUUUACCUUGAGGGCAUUUUAGGUUAUGUUAUAUGCUGUAACUAUGUUGCUCUUUUUCAGAGAUAUGCACCAGGUUCUGGAUGCAUAUGAGAAGAACAAGUCUUUCUACCUCUACACGGGCAGAGGACCCUCCUCAGAGGCCAUGCACGUGGGUCACCUCAUCCCUUUCAUCUUCACAAAGUGAGGCUCGGCUAUUAUACGGUUUAUCUCUAUUAGUUUUAGUAUCUAUUAGUGAGAUGGAUGGAGUUGACUCUGAAGAACCACUGACAUUUCAAUCGUUUUUGUAGACUACGUCUAUGAUCCCUACACUAUGGUAUAUUCUAGACCUUGUCCUGGUUAGGUCCCUCUGUCAGGAAACACUAAGCCCUACCUAGUGUAUCACGCAUUGCCUAUAUAACACAUGCUGCAUAAUGCCCUAGCGUUUUAGGUCAGGCUUGUAGAAGGAGGCUUAAGGCCGGUUGGGAUGGUAGUGGAUUCAAUUGGAGAGUAAAGGGUUGGGCUCCUCCACCUGUUCCCAGAUGGCUGCAGGACACGUUUGACAUCCCGCUGGUGAUCCAGCUGACAGACGAUGAGAAGUACCUGUGGAAGGACCUGUCCCUGGAGGACUGUCACCGCUACGCCGUGGAGAACGCCAAGGACAUCAUCGCCUGUGGCUUCAACGUCAACAAGACCUUCAUUUUCUCUGACCUGGACUACAUGGGGUAACUAACCAACCACAGACCCUCUGUCUCACUGUGUCUCAGAGUAGGAGUGCUGAUCUAGGAUCCGAUCCCCUCUGUCCAUAUAAUGUUACUCGUUAUGAUCUAAAAGGCUAAACUGAUCUCAUCUCAGCACUCCUACUCUGAGGAGCUUUGUGGAUCCGGGCCCUGGUCCUCUUUUACUUAGUUUUAGUACAAUUAGAUAUUCUGCCUGUUGUUUCAGAAUCCCCUCAUCAAGCUCUUUGCUGUUUGAGCAUUUAUACAUCAUGGGAAUACUAAAAACGGGUCUCUCCCACAAGACCUGUGGUACUUCUGCUUUAUCCCAUGUCUUUGUUCACUGAUCUCCCAGAAGGUGGUGCUGUAGUGCAAUAACUUGAAAGAAGUCAAUACAGAUAGACGCCUACAUUUCUCUCUCUCUCUCCUGUCAUUCAUCAUAAUUCUUCACCAUACUUAUUAGCUGUGGGUGGUAUGCUCAACAGCCUGAUGUGACUGGGAGAUAUUACAAAGCCGAUGCUUAUCAUUCGAUAGGAGGUUCACGGUGACAAAUACUUGACCUAUUCAAAGUGCACCCAUGUCCGGCUAGUGGUAUGGGGCUGUCAUGUUUGCUACAGUAUGUUGCCGAUUUAACUGAUUGUUCUUAACUCUGAUUGUUUUGUCUCUACAGGGCGUCCCCAGACUUCUACAGGAAUGUGGUGAAAAUACAGAAGCAUGUGACUUUCAACCAGGUCAAAGGCAUUUUUGGAUUUGGUGACAGUGACUGCAUCGGUAAGAGAUUGCAGGAAGAUAGUCAACACCCGUUGAGCGAUUAUACAAAUGCUGAGAUUUCGCUUUCAUUCUAAAUUAACACUAUGAAUUAUUUCUGAUCUGCAUAGUGGGUGCUGCAAUGUGAACUGUGCUGACUGGCACUGGCACAGGUGUCCUGACGACCCAGGUGAAUGCUUUUUAACAGCUACGUAUUCCUCUCUCUCUCCCACCCCAGGAAAGAUCGCCUUCCCAGCCAUCCAGGCCGCUCCAUCGUUCAGUAACUCUUUCCCUCAGAUCUUCAAGGGCAGAAAAGACGUCCAGUGUCUCAUUCCCUGCGCCAUAGACCAGGUCAGUCGGACCACACGGCACAACUAGGACGCACACUGUCUGCUAACCUUUAACAGGGAAAGAUUUUCCAGUUCAUUUUAGAAAUGGGAUGCUCUGACUGAUCAUCUUCAAUGCGCUGAACUAGUGGCAACUGAAUAACCUUAGAAUCAGCCUUUCUUUCUACACACUAUGCUUGUGACUGUAUAUUUUCAUUUAGCCAGAAUAAAAAAUAAUGUGAAGUUAAAAAGCAUAUUUUUGAGAGGAACAAAAGGAUCUGAUUAGUAGGGUCUGACAGCAUGUUACUGAGACGGUAAAGAACUCAGUAAAGUUCAGUCUCAUCUGGUUAAGUUUACAGGGACUUUAGCAUCACAUCUAGAGCACUAAAAUGGGUUUGAAGACAUAUCCCUCCAAUUACCCAUGCCUGUUUCCUACUCUACCCCUGUAGGACCCCUACUUCCGGAUGACCCGGGAUGUGGCACCCAGGAUCGGCUACCCCAAGCCUGCCCUGCUGCACUCAACCUUCUUCCCCGCGCUGCAGGGGGCCCAGACCAAGAUGUCCGCCAGCGACGCCAACUCCUCCAUCUUCCUCACAGACACGCCCAAGCAGAUCAAAAAUAAGGUGACACUGAAGCUUUCUAAUACCCUUUUUACACUAUCUUGCCAACCCAAACUGUACUGGGCUUGUUGUGAUAUUUUCUUUUCACCUCGUCCUUUCCGGCAUGGUUCCAGCAAUAGUGAAUGCGUAACCAGACUGGCGCAGUACAGCUCAGCUUAGUAGUGUGAAAGAGGUCACUUUGUGACAACUUCUGAUGUAAAUGGAGCUUUAUAGAUACACUUACCUUACUUUAUUAGUUCCACAUACAGUCAACUGAAAUGGAAAUUACACUGAACAAAAAUAUAAACGCAACAUGUAAAGUGUUGGUCCCAUAUUUCAUGAGCUGAAAUAAAAGAUCCGAGAAAUUUUCCAUGCGCACAAAAAGCUUAUUUCUCUCAAAUGUUGUACACUAAUUUGUUUACAUCCCUGUUAGUGAGCAUGUCUCCUUUGCCACGAUAAUCCCUCCACCUGACAGGUGUGGCAUAUCAAGAAGCUGAUUAAACAGCAUGAUCAUUACACAGGUGCCUUGUGCUGGGGGACAAUAAAAGGUCACUCUAAAAUGUGCAGUUUUGUCACACAACUCCACAGAUGUCUCAAGUUUUGAUGGAGCGUGCAAUUGUCAUACUGACUACAGGAAUGUCCACCAGAGCUGUUGCCAGAUAAUUGAAUGUUAAUUUUCUCUACCAUAAGCCGCCUCCAACGUCGUUUUAGAGAAUUUGGCAGUACGUCCAACCGGCCUCACAACCGCAGACCAUGUGUAUGGCGUCGCGUGGGCGAGUGGUUUGCUGAUGUCAACAUUGUGAACAGAGUGCCUCAUGGUGGCGGUGGGUUUAUGGAAUGGGCAGGCAUAAGUUACAGACAACGAACACAAUUGGCAUUUUAUCGAUUCUGAGGCUUUUAUUUUAUUUUAUUUUUUAUCUGUGACCAACAGAUGCAUAUCUGUAUUCCCAGUCAUGUGAAAUCCAUAGAUUAGGGCUUAAUUUAUUUCAAUUGACUGAUGUCCUCAUAUGAACUGUAAAUCAGUAAAAUCUUAGAAUUUGUUGCAUGUUGUUUACAUUUUUGUUCAGUAUACAUUACACAUUACAUUCUAUUGAUUGAUAUCACAACUAUAUUUUAUGUUGCGUUGUCGCUAUCAUCUCCCAGGUGAACAAGCACGCCUUCUCCGGGGGAAAGGACACGGUAGAGGAGCACCGGAAAUAUGGCGGCAACCCCGACGUGGAUGUGUCCUUCAUGUACCUGACCUUCUUCCUGGAGGACGACGAGCAGCUGGAGAAAAUCCGACAGGUGGGGGAGCGUGCUGCUCGACAACUGUCAGAGAACCCAAUGCACCUGGACUUGAGCAAUGGACAGAACUGGACUUGAGCAAUGGACAGAACUGGUUCAAAGCGUAUAGCGGACCAGGGUUAGGGCCUGGUGUUUUCUUAACCCGCAGUCAUACUAUUUGUAAAAAAAAAAAAUUACAUUUACCUUCAUAGCCCUAUAUUUCAUUUGGUGUUUUGUUUUUACCCACUCAACCAUACUAUCCAUGACUACCCACAGGUAGAGAAUAACUGACUUUUAUCAGAAAUAAGCACACUAACAGCUCUCUAUUUGGUAUCAACACUCUUGGACAGAGCAGGACAUUUGACUGUCCUAGUCAGAUAAGAUUCAUUUCUGUUUAUGAAAUCUCCCCAAAUGAACACUAUGCUGCUUUCUGUGUGUCAGAAAGUAUUAUCAGAAUGGUAAACUGUCUGGAAACAAAGCUAGAUUCAUGGUGCCUCUCCUAUUAUGUGCUGUAGCCAUCUAUUCUAUAGAUGCCAUGUUUGGCCUGGCAAAGAACGAACAGAGAGGAGUGGCUAUAACACAAACAGAUUGGACAACCGGGCUAAUGAUUUCCUGGCAGUUCUUAGCUGUAUUGUGUCCUAAGUAAUCCUCUGUCAUUGCUGUACUGUAUCUCUCUCUCUCUCUCUCCAGGACUACGCCAGUGGAGCGCUGCUUACCGGCGAGUUGAAGAAGAGUCUGAUAGAGACCCUGCAGCCAAUCAUCACAGCCCAUCAGGAGAGACGCAAGCAGGUCACAGAAGAGACAGUCAAGCAGUUCAUGACCCCGAGACCUCUUGAUUUCAAUUUCUAG